AUGGCAGAUAACACCGAUCUGGCGAGCCUGGACGUUCCAGCCCGCGGCAAGUCGUUUUCGAAGAGACUCAAGAAGAUCUCGCGUAAGGCGUCGUUCUUCUCCGGCUCGCUUCUCGACUCUGGGCUGACUUCGUCUGUGGACCCUGUUCCACCACUACCGUUGGAGAAAGAACAAGAUGCGUUCCAGUCGAUUCGCUACGACUCUGUUUCCAAAACCAACGAGCUUCCAUCCCUUUGGCCGCCCAAGCCUCCAUCGAAGCCUCUUGCUCGUUCGCAGUCGUUUUCAAAUCUAUUGACAAGGCGGUCGCUGAGCACACCAGAAGAGCCCAAGAGAAUAGCGGUUUUUGAGGAUUUUAAUUACAAGGAGCCUGUGUUUGCUCCACCCGGCGUUUCCAGGUCCCUCACAAACCCAGGAAGCAGCGCUGGUGGCUUCUCCGCGGGAAAGCUGUCGACCGAAGGUAUUUACCUGGGCGGGGCCAACAAUAGCACCGGGAGUUUCUCCUCCUUGGAUCCUAGAAGACCAUUCUGGAAUGGUUUGGACUCCCAGCAGUCUGUGUUGGACCUGUCUCACUCGGCGUUCGAUCUCCCGAAUCAAUUGGGUCCAGCCUUCGGCGCCGACCGCAAACCAAAGAAGCUACUGGAGCCAUCAUCAAAAAAAGUUGAGCCACCUGUGUUCGUGCCUCCUAAAAAGUCCACAACCGAACUGAAGCCUUUGCAUUCAUUUCGUGUUGUUGCAUCCAAUAUCAACUCCAUGCCCAAUGAGAAAGUUGUUAAUAAGCUAUUUGAGAAGUUGCUUUCAGUUCGAGUCUUUCCAGACCAAUCAUUCAAAAACACCCCAACUCGUAGAAAGUGGGAGCUUCUCCUAAGCGAAAACGAGACCAACGAAGAUUUCGACCUAAGAUCGCUUACAAAAGCGGUCAUGCUUUCUACAAAUCAACAAAAUCCAACCCAAUCAGCUUUUCUGGCAACUGUUAUGGAUGAGCAUCUGCCAUCUCAGCAAUCCUCUAACCAAUACUCGCCAAGAUCUUCAACGAUAACCUUCGAAACAGGAAGUGGUGAUACCCAAAAUAUUAUUGUGUCUUCAAGAAAGCAGAAAAUCAAAGAAGGUUCACCAGACUGGUAUGUUGCCCGGAUCAUGUCGAAUAAAUUCACUUCAAAGGAGUACAAAAAAUUAUCAAAGAAACUAGAAAGCAAGUCCAGUAAACCAUGGCUUGUACAAUUCAUCGAUGCCCAAGGCGAAACUGCUCUCUCUGUCAUUCUCAAGAAAAUAAACAAGAAAAGUAUCAAAUCGAAUGAUGAUAUUGAGAAAGAGUUUCACAUCUGCAUGUGUCUCAAAAUACUCAUUUCCUCUGAGUCCAAAGACAAACACAAAGAACCCAACACUCAGGCUGAUGACUUAGAGAGUUUACCCAGCGUCCGUGACAGGGAUGAAUUCGUGACAAACGCCAAAAGUCGUCUUAUUGUCAUCAACUCAAUUAUGCAUUCUUUGGUAUCUCCUAGCACAGCCACACGGCUUUUGGUAACAAAGAUUCUUGUUUAUCUUACACAUUACUCUCAGUAUAAUUUUUUUCCAAGCAUUAUCGAAGGAUUUGUUUCGUUGCAAGACACGAUGGGUGAUUUUGUGAAAUUUCAACCAUGGUUGAAUACCUUCGAAAGUGCCAUUGACCAGCAUAUUACUAUGAAUCACAGAAGCGGUAGCGAAAUAAACUUCCGAGUUUAUGUUCUCACCACUUUGAUCUUGACAAAUACUAUGAUUCAAAAAUGCGAGCACCGCAAAGAGAGACUCAGCAUGCGCAGGGAGUUUGCAGAUUCCCGAUUAAAUAUCAUAUUUGACAAAUUGAGAGAUAUGGAGGAUAUGGCUAUAUCAGGCCAAAUCGAUGAGUAUUUGGAUUUUGCUCAAGAAGAUAGUUCAGACAUUGAUUUUGACACUCCUUCCAGCUUUGCGGAAGUAUUCGAGCAGGAAUCAAUGGCAGAUGUGAUCAAUAAGUUGAGAAUUCAGUUUGAGUCACAACAUCCAAUCCUUGACCUAGAUGAGCAGACAGAGUCGGAAUUCGUGAAGGAUAUCUUAAACGGAUUAGUCUUCCUUAAGUCAACGAAAAGCCCUUCCGUUCUGAUGAGACUUCUCAGUCUACUCAAAUCAGUCAUGGAGCAUUUGAUAGCCGAACUGGGAGUGCUUGGCUAUGAUUCUGAAACAGUUCUAAACACUACUAUCCACAGAUUCAUGGACCGGAUGGAAACUGACGAUACUGCUAAAAGAGCAGUGAUGGAAACUUUGGAACUCAAAAAAGUGAUAAAAAGACUUGAAUCCGAUAAAUCUGCGGUCGAUGCACAACUAUCACGAUUUUCUUCAAAUAUAUCCAGCAAGCUUCGUCAGGAGGCAGAUUUCGCAGCCACUAUAGAUGCUCAAAGACAAAGAAUACAAAAACUCGAGGCUGAGAUUAAGAGUCUCAAGAAGUUAAUAAGCCAAACCCUGAGCGGAAGAUUUCCAAGAGAACAGAUCGAUUUGACUCGAGUUUCCUCACGUUCUCCUGUUCUAGGUGAUAUGACUAUCGCAUCAGCUCAAUCGCUAGGAUCGAAUGAGCAAAAGUUCACAAAGCUAUUGAUUGAGCCAGGAGCACAGAUUCAAGAGCCUCCUGUAACAAUUUCUAGCUCUGAAUCAAUCAUUUCAAUACAUGAUUCUCCAGCUGACCAGCGUCCUGAAGACUCGACUCCUAAAACCCUUCCAGCGCCGCCGCCAUUGCCGAGCUUCUUGAAUGUUCCCGGCUCUUCUUCCGUUCAUAAUGCAAGAGGACCUCCUCAAGCUCCUCCGCCAACUGCUCCUCCCCUUCCGUUGAUGCUUCAGGGCCUCAAUACAGCUUCAGCACCUCUCCCUCCCCCACCUCCACCGCCUCCUGCCCUACCAGCCAUGUUCAACACGGCAAAAGGCUCUUCGAAACAAGCACCACCGCCACCGCCACCGCCUCCACCACUUCCACCCUCUCUAUCGGGUUCAGCAACUCCUUCUGGUGCACCACCACCACCACCCGCACCACCAUUUCUUGCUGAACUACUCUUCAAGAAUGAUUCUCUGGAUUCUCGUUCUUCUUCAGCCCCACCGCCACCACCACCUCUUCCUACUUUAAACACGCCAUCAACUCUCAUCUCUGCCUCAGUCGAAACAUCAUCUGAUAAUAUUAUCGUGGAAUCAAACCUUACUGACGAGGUGCAAAAAGAAAAUGAGCUCCUUUAUGCGGAACUUGCGAAACUCAAACCAAAAACCAAACUCAAGCAAAUGCACUGGAGCAAGAUUGAAGACAUUGACAAGACAUUUUGGAGCAAUAUGCCGAAUGAGCCACUUGUUAACAAAUUGCAAGAAGAGGGUGUUCUUGAGAAAGUGGAAAAGGCCUUUGUAGCAAAGGCGCCGGUUAUCAAGAGUAAGCCAGUGAAGACCUCACUGCUGAAUCAAAAACCAAAGAAAAUUUCACUCCUUCCUCGAGACUUGGCACAACAAUUUGGCAUCAAUUUGCAUAUGUUUGCAAACUUGAGUGUUGAAGAAUUGUUCAAAAAGAUUUUGCGGUGUGACAAAGAGAUUCUCGAUAAUGUUAGCGUCUUGGAAUUCUUUAAUAGUGACGCAUUGAAUGAAGUUCUGGAUUCGAUCAGACGAGCAUUCGGGGCUUACUCACAAGACUUCUUACACCCUGAAAAGAAACCAGAGAAGCCCGCGGAAGAGCUUGAACGAGCCGACCAGAUUUUCCUUCAAGUUCACAACAUGCGCCAUUAUUGGAAAUCUAGAUCUAGAGCGUUGUUACUUAUGCAAUCAUACCGCAGAGACUUUCUUGACUUGGAAUCCAAGUUAGAGUUGGUAGAUGAAGCCACAGAGAGUAUUCGUAAUAGUGACAGUUUGCGUCAAGUCUUAGCUAUCAUCAGAUCAGUUGGUAAUUUCAUGAAUGACGAUUCGAAAAAAGCUUUGGGCUUCAAACUUGACGUUUUGCAGCGUCUUAAAUUCAUGAAGGAUGACUCAAACACCAUGACGUUCUUACAUUACGUCGAGAAAAUUGUUCGUAAUAACUUUCCGGAAGAUGGCUCCUUCGUUGAUGAGCUCAAUGUCUUGAACAAAAUGAACAAAAUUGUUGUGGAGCAAAUCGAAACAGAUUGUCAGGAUUUCCAACGAAAUGUUGCAAACGCAAUCACAUCGAUCGAAAAAGGAAACUUGAGCUUGAGUGAUCAAUUCCAUCCAGAUGAUCAAAUUCUCAAUGUUUUGAAAGGACCACUAGACAAUGCCCGACUGAAGAGCAGUCUUUUGAGUAGCCAUCUUAAAAGAACAAUUGAGAGCUACUUUCAACUUAUGGAAUUCUUUGGUGAAAACCCACACGAUGCAAGUAGCAGAAACUCAUUCUUUGGAAAGUUUUCAGGUUUUGUCUUGGAAUUCAAAAAGGUCCACAUAGAAAACGUCCAGAAGGAAGAAGAUGAGCGUGCUUAUGAGGAGAAAAAGCAGAGUAUCGAGCGAAAAGAGAAGUUGCGGCGUGAGCUCCGCAGUAGAGGUUCUCAACGCGGAAGCACGGGCAAUGAGAUCAGAUCAGAUGCAGCGGAGCCCACCGAAGGAAGAGAGGAAACGCCUGAAGCCGACAAGAAUCCUUCUAAUGAAGAAGAAGACGAGGAAGAAGAGGACAAACUUGAUGAAGACAAGGAGAAUCGUCCGGUCGCCGAGGAUGAAGAUGUCAUUGACAAGCUUCUUCGAGAGUUAAAACAUAUCGGCUCCGAUCGCAAAAAACGCACGAGAAGCAUGUAUAUCAAGCGUAAGUCCGUCAGUCAUGACUCCAGACCUUUGGCCAUAAGGGAUGAUGCCGAUCUACAAGGAUUCGAACCGGUAGGAGGGUAUGCACAGGUAGACUCGCUCCGAAGAAGAAUGACAACCAGAAAGCUGAAAACGAGCGAUGGCGCCAAUGGGGCCGAAGAGCUUGAUGUUGUGAUGCUCAGAGCGCAGGCCAUGCUCAGUCAGCUCAGAUCGAGAAGUUCAGGAGAGCCACCAUCGGUGGAGAUCAUCCAUGAAAGCAAACUACGAGGUGAACAGUCCGGUGAAACCAUAGAGGAAAUAUGUGUGACCGACGAUUAG